AUCGAAAAUCGUUAAAAGCACUAACGGCGUAGACACAGCCGUUAUCUCCGACUCAUUUAAAUAUGGAGGAUAUAGACCUCCAUUUCAUACCGUCCGCUCCGUCCCUCUCAUCUCUUUUCCAUUUUGCUCCGGAGCUCUUCUAGGUUUCUCCUAGAUAGAAAAGAUGGGGCUUUCAUUCACCAAGCUUUUCAGUCGGCUAUUUGCUAAGAAAGAGAUGCGAAUUCUUAUGGUGGGUCUUGAUGCUGCUGGUAAGACCACCAUCUUGUACAAGCUCAAGCUGGGAGAGAUUGUGACUACCAUUCCUACAAUUGGGUUUAAUGUGGAGACUGUGGAAUACAAGAACAUCAGCUUCACUGUCUGGGAUGUUGGUGGUCAGGACAAGAUUCGACCUUUAUGGAGACAUUACUUCCAAAACACACAAGGGCUGAUAUUUGUGGUUGAUAGCAAUGAUCGUGAUCGUGUGGUGGAGGCUCGGGAUGAACUGCAUCGUAUGUUGAAUGAGGAUGAGUUGAGAGAUGCUGUGUUGCUUGUAUUUGCAAACAAGCAAGAUCUUCCAAAUGCUAUGAAUGCUGCUGAGAUUACUGAUAAGCUUGGUCUUCACUCACUUCGUCAACGCCAUUGGUAUAUCCAGAGCACAUGUGCCACCUCAGGUGAAGGUCUUUACGAGGGACUUGAAUGGCUUUCCAACAACAUUGCUAACAAGGCGUAGAGGGAUGUUUCAGUUUCCUGCCACAUCUCUGAUUGCAGUCUGCUUUAAAAUUUGGUUAAUUGUUGUCCCUGGAUUUCUCAUCCUGUAAUUGUUGAGAGAAUGCGUCUUAGAUAUUGUUUACUGUAAUAGAAAUUGGCAAAUUGUUCAUGUAGACUUUAAAUAAUUGAUGAUUGACUGUCCGUAUAUGUUACAUGAUAUGCCUCUUGAUCAAAGGAGUUUGUUUCUUCCAA